AUGUCAAAACCAAUCACCUUCGACCAUCAGGAUUACUCCGGAAGUAUCCGGAACGCAGGAUGGACUGCCCUGAUAUUAGAUCCUAUAAUCGACGGACUUCAAUUUACACAAGUCCUAAUGGACGGCGGCAGUGAUCUAAACCUGCUAUAUCAGGACACAAUCCGCAGAAUGGGGAUAGACCCAACCAAAAUACGCCAUAGCAACACUUCCUUUAAAGGAGUGAUGCCAGGCCCAUAUGCCCAUUGUACGGGCUCUCUACCACUAGAAGUUGUGUUCGGCUCAUCCGACAACUCCCGUCGCGAAAAGCUAGUCUUCCACAUCGCCCCAUUUAAAAGUAGCUAUCAAGCACUAUUGGGACGCGAAGCUUUCGCCCGCUUUAACGCAAUACCGCAUUAUGCAUCUCUUACACUCAAAAUGCCCGGUCCACGUGGCAUAAUCUCAUUAAAGGGAAACCUCGAACCCCGGACACGGUUAGGUGAGUCCGGCGCAAAUAAACAAGGGGCUUACCAGCCGCGUACCCCCUUACAAGGGGCUGCACGCAUGUACAAUAAGAGACAAUAA